GACUGUGGCUCGUGCGUGGCUUGACCGGUGGCUGAGGCUCGCUUCCAAAGCGUCAUGGCUCAUAUAAUUCCGAAGCUCUUCCCCCCACCACUCCAACCAAGACCGUUCGCCUUACAACCGCAUGUAAUUAUCUGACAAUUGCUCAUUGAUUCCGCCGGCCGCAGCAUAGAUAACUCUCUGCCAUCGACGUCUCUCCUCCACAACCACCAAGUCGCCUUCAAAUAUCUCAGCAAACCCCACCACUAGCAUGGCCGCCGUCGCAGGCACAGACAAUGCGGCAGCGCAAGAGCCACCCGACCCAGCGAGUCCCAGAGGUGGAAGGAGUGGUGGCCGUGGUCGUGGAGGACCAGGACGAACAUACGGCGAUGGGCAUAGCUUCACGCCACGCGGCCGAGGAAGAGGAGGGAACCGUGGUCAGGGAAGAGGAAACAGAGAGGAUGGGGGCAAUCGUGGAGGAGCGAGGGUGUCUGAGAAGAGCUUGGGGAAAGCGCCAGCUGCUACUGAUGCUCAAUCAGGCUCCGCACCUGCGACCGCGCCCCUCGAUGCUGAAGAUACCGAUGCCGAAGUUUGCUUUAUUUGCGCCUCUCCGAUACAACAUACAGCUGUUACUCCUUGCAAUCACCGCACUUGCCAUAUAUGUGCAUUACGGUUGCGUGCACUGUACAAAGUCAAGACAUGCGCUCACUGCAGAACGGAGUCGGACUAUGUCAUUUUCACGGAUAAUCACACAAAGAACUACGAAGAGUUCACAGAAAAAGAUUUCUUUAAGACGUUCGAAAGCUUGGGAAUCCAUGUAGAAACACAAGAUAUUGUGGUGGAUACGGAACUUUUGCUCAGGUAUAACUGUCCGGAUAGCGAGUGUGAUGUGGCCUGUUUGGGGUGGCCCGAUCUUUAUCGUCAUGUCCAGACGGUGCAUCACAAGAAGAUGUGCGAUCUUUGCACACGGAACAAGAAAGUCUUCACGCAUGAGCAUGAAUUAUUCACGCCGGCAGAAUUGGCAAAGCACAAAAAGUUUGGAGACGACAAUCCAGGAGCGGUCGAUCAAAGCGGGUUUAAGGGACAUCCGGAGUGCGGUUUCUGCCGGAUACGGUUCUACGGCGAUGAUGAGCUCUACACCCACUGCAGAGACAAGCAUGAGCGGUGCCAUAUCUGCGAUCGUCGUAACGAGGGACGGCAACAGCAAUAUUAUGUCGACUACGAUGCCUUGGAGGUGCACUUCCGAAAGGACCAUUUUCUCUGUCCCGAUCGCGAGUGCCUCGAGAAGAAGUUUGUCGUCUUCGACUCUGAGAUUGAUCUGAAAGCACAUCAGCUCGAAGUGCAUCCCGGCGGCCUGUCCAAAGACGCACUACGAGAUGCUCGCAGGGUAGACAUGUCUGGUUUCCAGCUCCGCCAGACGCGCGAGCAAGAAACUGGGUCUAGGCGCGGUCGUGGAAGGGAAGGAGGGCGAGGCAGAGUACGUGACCCUAACGCUGAGCCGCUUCCUGUUUCGUCCGCGCAGCCCCUGAGUAGGGCAGAGCUGGCCUUCCAGCGCCAGAUGGCCAUCCAAAGCUCGCAACCGGGCGUCGGCAGAGUUUUCGGUGGCCAGCUGACAUCUGCAGCGGCCCCUACUCCAUCCGAAGCCUUUGCAGCAAGGCCGCCCUCCAGCACAGCAACACCAGCCACAGUUACAGCAUCUCGACCACGAGCAGCAGCUGCUACCGCCUCAGGCGAUGGUGGUGGAGAAACACAGCCAGCCGCCGCCGCACCCCGCACCCCGCAGGAGCAGGCUCGCCUUCUGCGCCACAAUGCAGUCAUCGAGCGAGCAUCCAACCUGCUGCGCAACGACCAGUCGAAACUGGGCGAAUUCCGGGCGCAAAUCACGGCCUAUCGCACGUCCAAGGUGUCGGCUUCCCAGCUCAUUGACCACUUCUUCACCCUGUUCGAUACCAACCCAACCGAGCUGGGCAAGUUGAUCAAGGAACUGGCGGAGAUCUUCGAAGUGACGACCAAGCGUACGGAUCUGCUCAAAGCGUGGAGCGACUGGAAGGCUAUCAAUGAGGACUACCCCUCGUUGCCUGGAGCAGCAGCAGGCUUGUCGUUGGGCAGUGGUCCGGGAGCCCAUGGCGGGUCUCGGGUGCUGAAGCUCAAGAGCUCGACGGCACAGUCGUCGCGCUCUGCUGUCAACCGGCAAGCCAGUUGGAGCACAGCGUCGACCAGCGUAUUCCCGCCUCUAGGAGCGCCGUCGUCUUCAUCGUCGUCUAGGAUCGGAGCGAAACCGGGCCAGGUAGCUUGGGCGAGCUCCUCCAGCGCGGCACGCCCAUCGCCACAACCAUCCCGAGCCAGUUCGUCGGCGGCGCUGAAUCAGCAAGCAAAGCCACCAGCCAACCUUGCAGAGGCGUUUCCAGCGCUGCCGGCGGCGGCAAAGCCUACAACUACGAUAUUCAGUCCGGGAUACACGGGAGCGGGGCUCCGACGCGACCACAGCGGGAGAAACGUGCCUAUCACGAAUGCAUGGACGGCCGGAUCCGGAGGAGGAGGAGCUAGCAGCAGCACAGCAGCUGCUGCAGCAGAUGAAGCUGGAGCGGGUGGAAAGAAGAAGGGCAACAAGAACAAAAAGCAGACGCUGUUUCACUUUGGCUGAUGAAAGGGCGGAAUGUGUGCGACUGAACUGUCUGCCUCUUCCGGGGGAUGUGCAGCCAGAUUCGAUAGAUAGGUUGCGCAUGCAGAUCUGGGAUUUGCAGGCCGGAUGCUGCGGAUAGGGUAGCCGGCCAUGUCGGAUGUGGUGUGACAUUUGUCUUCUGCUAUGUAUAUACGGGAUGUGCAUAGGAAGGCGUGUUGUA